CAACGGAGAAAGAGGAUUGCAUAAAAAAUGGUGGCCAUUUCGCUUUAUAGAGGGAAGCUCCACCGGAGUCCCGACGUUCCACGCCAAUGGCUGAUGCCCACACCUAAAAUCUCUCUCAAGGACUUCAAGACCCUGCUCCACCGCCGUUCCAGAGCCCUUUCUCGCCUCCAAGCCACCACCACUCCGAAUCCUAACCCUAACCCUAAUUUGAAUUCAGUUGAGGAUAAUAAUUCCGGUGGUAGAGUACCAACUGAAUCCGACGGACCUGGGGUGGAAGAUGUCGCUAAAGAUGAGGGAACAUCCAAGGCUAAUGGUGAUAAAAGGACAGUUGAUGAUGAAUUGGCGAGAUCGAAUUAUGCAGAUGAAGAGGUAAAUGGUCAGAAAUUAUCGAAGGGUGAUGAUGAAGAUGAAGUUUUGGGGAUACCUGGUGAUGAAUUGGUGGCAGUUGAUGAUGCUAAGGCUGUUGCUGAGGUGCCGGAAAAUGCCCCGGAUGCUGUGGAUGGAUUUCAACAGGAAGGGAAAACGGAUGCUCCACCGCAGCAUCUGUUAGAGCCCGUUGAGAACAAUUCACUAAGUGAUAUAGAGAAAAGGAAAAAAGAGGUUGAAGAGAAGCUGCAAAUUUUGAAUGCAAGAAAGCAUAAUCUGGUACAAGUUCUGAAACAGAUUUUGAAUGCCGAAGAGGAGCUGCGAAGAAGAAGUAAUGCGCAGGGCUCUACAGGCCGGCCAUUGAUGCCCCUCCAAGUGGACGUUGGAAAUGACAACGGGUCUAUGAGUAGACACGUCACACCACAACCAGUUUCAGAAGGCAACUGUAAUGGUGAUACCGAAGGAGCAGAUGCCGAUGAUGGUCCUAACCAAAAUCUACGUUCUCGCAGUUUGCCAAGAAUGAGUAGUGUGUCACCAUCUUCAGAUUCCCUUCAUAGGCGGGCACCCUUUGCUAUGGUACCAAAUCCUUCACGAACACCUUCAGGGGUAGCUGCUAGUAGCCCAUCGCGCUUUGCUCCUAGCGGCCAACAAGCUAAUCCAACAGCAUCCGUAACGGGAACAAAUUACGUUCCCACAUCUCCUUCACCAGCAGCCGGUGGCAGUUUGGCAUUCAGAGAUGCUAGGCUUCCUAGUCCAUGGAGUUGAACACCAGGUGCCGUCUGAAAAAAGCUCUUGGGUGCAAUUUGCAGUUUGUUCAUUUCACAUAUAUACUUGAAAUGCUUGUUAUUUGACUUUGAAUU